AUGACCCUGCAAGAUGUCUACGUACAAGCCCCAUUGGUCACAGACCGGCGAGAGAUCCGUAUCCUAGCCCUAGCUUCCGGCACAGGCGAUGAUGUUUUGCGCGGGGACCUGGUCGUCGAGAGCUUGAACUACGAUGACCUCGACUACACGGCUCUGUCCUACACUUGGUCUGGGCCAGUGAGCGAAAGCGCCAUUGUCAUUGGUGACGUGCCCCUACAUAUUACGGAGAACCUGGAAUUAGCGCUUCACCGCAUUCGAGGGCGCUCUCGUCUCAAAAAUCUGUGGAUCGACGCCAUUUGCAUCAAUCAGAAAAGAAAAGAAAAGUGUACACGGACUCUAAAUGCGCGAAUCUAUGCCGAUGCGACUCUGGCGUUGGUAUGGUUGGACCAGAAGUCGGCGGAUAGCGAUGUGGCUAUGGAUUUCACUGGUUCGCCUCGACAGAGGAUCCCGGAUCAAGUAGUCAAAAUCCCUUUGCCGGCUGUUACCAAAUUGAUGCGAAGGACAUGGUGGACACGUAUUUGGGUGGUCCAAGAGGCAUCCAUGUCGCGACAAAUUAUUGUUCAGUGCGGAGAGAGACAAGUCGACACUUUAUACUUUGUACAACUUAUGAACGGAAAGAAGUUUGAAAGACCCUUUUUCAUGGAAGACGAGCCUGAGGAGCCUCAUUUAGCAGUCAAGCAAGUUCGCCCUGACGUGACUUAUCGAAUGUCACAAAUGAAAGAUAAACUUGAGGAGUCUGAAAACCCUCCGAAGCAGCCUUGUGUAGGUGUUCUCUCCAACUGGUAUGCCCAUAAGCAGCAACUUGAGGCCAGUGGCCCGUCUCUUAUGGAAUUGACGUUCUUGAUGCAUGGCUUUCAAGCUUCCGUCCGAAGAGAUAAAAUGUUCGCCCUGUUGGAACUCGCAACGCCAGAAGCACGUUUCUCGAUUAUCCCAGACUACUCCGAUGCUAUGUCUGAUCGUCUUUUCCUCACGAGACUAACAAGAUACUUUCUGCAUUUUUCGUUGCAGCCUUUGCGACUUGCUUAUCAUUGCAGAGCCAACGACUGUCCAUCUUGA